AUGUCAGAUACGUCCGACGAAACCGAAAUCCCAGAUGAGCUUGAACGCUUCGUCAAAAACCUCGAAAGGGAAGAAUCUGAAGGACACUGGGGAUUCACAGUUUACACCACAUAUCCAAUCCCCUCCACCGCCACCUCUACUUUAGAAGCGUCUACCGAUGAAGCAUUCGACAAGAGCGUUUGCGAGCGAUUCCAGUCAUACAUCGCCGCCUACCUACGCUUUGAGGCCGAGAAGCCAUACGGAGUAAAGAUCCCACUCCACAUCGAAUACAUCCGACUCCCCUCCGCAAGCCUCUACGACGCGCGAACACAUUUCCGAGCUAAAUACGGCUGGCCUGUGAAAUACCAGGAAGGUAAGGAGGAGAGGACCCACGAGCAUCAUGAUAUGCGACAUAGAUAUUUUGUUGUAAUUAACGAGGAGACGAUCAAGACAUUGUUCGAUGCUCCCGAAGCUAUUGCAAAGAUUCGGAGAGGCUUAGACUAUAGGGAGGUAACCGAGAAAGAGGAUGAAAUUGUUAUAACAGUUGUGCAGGUGGAUUAUAAUGAGGCGUGUGAGGGGAUAAUAUUUGCGACAGCAUCAAGGCAACCGACGAAAGGUAGUUCCGAUUGUACUACAUUUUAUAGUUAUAUUAAGACGACACCGAGGUGGCUAAAGGAGAUUUGGCUUGAGAUUAUAGAUAUGGAUGUUCAGUUCCUCUUUAAACACAAGGACCACGUGUAUAAAGGGGGGUGGUAA